GCCUAGCAGUCCUGACUCAGGAGAUAGUGCAGCCCUCCCGGACUGGCCGAGGAGGUUGAGUAUUACCGAUUGAGGCUUCCCUGAGCCCGGAGCAGAAGGGGACCGAGGAAACCAUGAGUGCGGUGGACCUUAGUCGCGUGGGCGCGUGUGUCUUGAAGCAUGCAGUGACCGGGGAGGCUGUGGAGCUGCGGAGCCUUUGGCAGGAUAAAGCUUGUGUGGUGGCCGGUCUGCGACGCUUUGGCUGCAUAGUGUGCCGUUGGAUCGCUCAGGACCUCAGCAACCUCCGGAGCUUUCUGGACCAACACGAUGUGCGCCUAGUGGGCGUGGGGCCUGAGGCCCUGGGCCUGAAGGAAUUCCUGGAUGGUGGCUAUUUCUCAGGAGAACUCUAUCUCGAUGAGAGCAAGCAGUUCUACAAGGAGCUGGGCUUCAAGCGGUACAACAGCCUGAGCAUCCUGCCGGCCGCCCUGGGGAAACCUGUGCGUGAUGUAGCCUCCAAGGCUAAGGCUGUUGGCAUCCAGGGGAACCUGUCUGGUGACCUCUUGCAGAGUGGAGGGCUGCUGGUGGUCAGCAAGGGUGGUGACAAAGUGCUGCUACACUUUGUCCAGAAGUCCCCAGGCGACUAUGUUCCCCAGGAGGACGUCCUUCAGGCCUUGGGUAUCUCUGCAGAGGUUUCCUCCAGCAAACCACCCCAGUGUGACGAAGAGGUGUGUGGGAGGUGACACCUGGCCUCUGAGGACUUGGAGGCGUCUGCAACCUUGGAUAUAGCUGGAGUAGAAGGAAUCGCUGUGGAGCCAUUGGGACAUGAUACUGCACAUUGUCUCCUCCUUGAACGGCAAUGAGCCAUUAAAGUGCAGGUCCCGGGCAGUGAGUGUCCCCACUGCUUCCGCACUCUGCAUCCUCUAGUUCCUACUGUUGUCCCUGCGGGCAGGAGGGCCUUGAAGUGUAAUCUUCCAGAGGACAGACUUCGGGUUUUGGUUGUGGGACCCUGGGGACAACAGUGUUAUUUCUUUACAAGGUCACCCUGACACUGUGGCUCACUCCAUUGGAGGCUGCAGAGAGGAGAGUUUGUUGGACUCAGCUCCCAAAUGGAGCACAGCUGUGGGGAAUGGGAGGCAGGCGUCUGCUUGUGUUGGUGGUGGAGGUUGGAGGCUAAUGGGACUCAGGGAAGAGGUGGCAGGCGAAGACUGAGGGACCAUUUCCGGAGCUGGAAACCCUCUCCGGAUCUGACUGGCUGGUGCUGACCCGGAAGAAGCCUGGGUCUGGCUAAGCAUGUCUGUUUCCCCGGGGUCCUAAGUCUGAGCUGAACUCCAGACACCCCACCAUUUCAGGUCUUCCCUUCUCAAGGGUUCUUCCUUCUAGGUAGGCUCUGAUGACCAGCUUAGCACUUUCUAAGACCAAGCCAGGGUGACUGCCGUGUCCACCUCGAUUGGUAAUGCCUGCUUUGCGAUCUAGACUAUCUCUGGCCUCCAGAUUCCACCUGUUGUUGCUCCCCAUGUCUUGAGGUCCCUCUGCCAGGUGCUGAUGUGAGUCACCAGGAUAUAUAGGUCCGGUCCGGUCCUGGAAGCCCAACUCACCGAACUGUAGACCCAAAGGGUGGCCUCUAGAGGCAUCCUGGUCGGCUGGUCAGGAGCCCUUUCUCCCUAUCAGAUGUAAUUCUUGCGCUGGCCACAGCUUACCCAGCCGCUUCCACCUGACCACCCACCUGACCCUUACAUGAGCAACGCAAAGUCUUUGAAGCAUUUACUUAGCUCAAGUCUGAAGCUUGAGGACAUUUAGCCACGCACUAUGGAGAGGGCGGAAGACAGCGGACAGCUCCUGCAGGACUGAUGACCCUCACUGGCCUGAAGGGGCGCAGGACCAGCCACCACUCAUCCCGGGUGUGGGCGGGCGGCUGCACUCUAGGCCGGUGCGGUGCGGAGGGCCGGCUGGAGGCUCCAGUGGCCUUCAGGCAGGGACUUGCACAUCCAGCUGCACCUUGCACGAAGCCUCUGGGUGGUGGGUGGGCGUGGGCUGGAGCGUAGCUCAGCCUUGGCUACCAGAUGCGACACCGCUUCCUGGGGUGCAUGGGGCUGCCUCGUGGGCAGUGGAAUGCCUCAGAGAAGGCGGCCAGGUUCUGUAGUGAGCCCAGUACCCUGUGGACCAGCAAGUCCAAGGAGGUUUGACAUGAGGGAAUGGGCCAGGGCAGGGGCAGGCAUGCGUGCUUGCUUGGGGACUGUACACUUGCCUGUACUUAAGAGGACUGUGGACAUCUGUCUUGAUGGAUUGGAUGGCAAACUCAGGCCUGUAGGACCCGCACCACACCUAGAGGGGCAUGAAUGACUUGGUUAUGGGCCUGAGGGCUGGAGCAGUGCUCUCUGCUUAGAGAGACCAACAGAUUCCUUCCUUCCUUCCUUCCUUCCUUCCUUCCUUCCUUCCUUCCUUCCUUCCUUCCUUCCGUAUCUGCUGCCUCCUCCCCAGUUGGCUCCCAAUCCAUAGCUUCAGUCUUUCUCUUGGAAGCCUGCCAAGCCUACUGGUUCUGGUUUUGGAGUGUGGCAAGCUCAUGGUGCCCUUGGAUAUACCCUAGAGUGGGCCCUCCAAAGCUGUGGGUGUCAGGAGCGGGACUAGAAGUUACCUGGGCAUAGUUGACAAAGAAAAGCUGGGCAUAGGUCAGGUUCAACCCCGGCAGUUGCUGAUCCUUCCCGCCUUCAGACAGCCACUGUAGAUAAGCCUGCAAGUACCAAAUCGGUCCAGCCAGGCUCUCGGAGAGCCCCAUGUGGAAUAAUCUGGUUCCAGGACCUUCCCUAGAUGGGAACCCUGCCUCCCUAGCUUAGGGCUGCUGUGUACAGGCCAGAUAAUUCUUCUGCAGCCCUCAAAAGACUGAUCCAACAGAGCUCUGUGGGACCCUUGGCCAUAUAGCUGCCACCUGAAAUCCACCCAUCUGGGCUCCUGGUACCCAGUGCUCUAUUCCCAAGGCUUAGAGAUGUGGGCUGCUCGAGCCCGUGGUCAUGUUGUCUCUGCCCUAAAUACUCUUUAGGAGACCAAAAAGGGUUCCCACACUUGCUCAUGUGGGAAACAGGUGAGAUAUUAGGUUUACAACCAUUGGGGGUUUGUAUUUCUGCUUCUUCCCCAGUCCAAUUGGAGUGUUUUUUAGGACAAGCCCUAGUUUGGGCAUUGCUCUGCCACGCUGUGACUGCCUUAGUCUCUCUGAGGGCGAGGCUCCGCCAGGGCUCGCGAGGCUCCGCCAGGGCUCACCUUGUACGCCUGUCGCACCCCACCGUUAUCAGCGAUGUUCUCCCCGAGGGUGCUGAACCCGUUCACCUGCACAAAAGAGACAGAAUGAGGGGGCAGCCUGGCCUUGGCCCCCCCUCCUGUCCCGCAGGGCUGGCUGGGGUGUGUGCAGGUAUAGGGCAGUCCUACGUGACAUGCUUACGUUCUGGUUGCCAGCCAGUUCCCAGGAAAAGUUGCCGUACUGAUAGACCAUGCACUCCGACUGUUUGCGGAAGUGCUGGGCUGAGAAGUUACUCCACCAAUCCAGCAUGUUGCCAUUCUUGUCGAAGUUCCGACCUGGGCGGCAGCAGAGGACACACACACUGUCCUCCAAGGCCCCGCUCUCACUGCCCUCCUGCACCCCUCUCCAAAGGCCAGGCCAGCGCUAGAUUUCAGGGGUUCCGAGCACACAGCACCAUGUUGAGGGCUGCUCAGGAGAGCUUCCAUGCCUUCCAUCCCAUCGUUGCCCCUGAUUAGGACCGGGAGUCUCAAAUUCAGGGGUUUAAACCCAGGUAACGGGGACACAUGGCUACCCUCAUAUGAUACCCCUGGCUGAGCCAUAUGGGAAAACCAGCUCAGACAUCACAGGUCAUGUCAGGCCCUAACAGUCAAACAGGGAAGCCGCUCCAGGGAGGGAGACCAGGCAAAGCCCCUGUCCAACUAAUUACUGAGAGAUUGAAUGGAUGAUCCCUGGCCGCUCAGUAGAGAUGUGUGUGUGUGUGCGCAUGUGUGUGACUUACAGGUGUAUCUGUGACUAGGGCACUCCCCUAUGCCCCUUUACCAUUGUUGUCAAAGCCAUGUGUAAUCUCAUGUGUGUGCAAGUGUGCGCGUGUGUGCGCGAGCGUGUGUGCAUGUGUGACUUACAGGUGUAUCUGUGAUUGGGGCACUCCCCUCUGUCCCUUUACCAUUGUCGUCAAAGCCGUGUGUAAUCUCAUGCCCGAUCACCAUCCCGAUGCCCCCAAAGUUCAAGGCCUGUGGUUGGUCCUUGCUGAAGAAGGGUGGCUGAAGAAUACCGGCAGGAAACACUGUCCCAGAAGGGUGACAAAGAGAAGCUGUGAGUGACAGUGCCAGGCUCAGGCGGGCACCUCUACGGGGCCUGCCAUCUAAUGCUGCGGCCUAGGAAGUGGAGGUUAGGACUCCCUGCCCAGUGUACAGACAGGGACACUGAGCUCAGAGACUAAAAUGGGAAUGCUAGAUUGGCAAUUCAUGCCCAAUUUCCUCCCGCCCACCGCUGCUUUCUUAAGAAAGUUCUCUGAUGGUUCCUCUGUGUUCCUUCCAACCUGUGACCCUAGGACAACAUGAAAGAGACUGGAACCCACUCUCCUUUCUGAGGUUAGACUGGGAGUUUCCUAAGCAAGGGCAGGGGUUGUCCUCUGGCACUAGAGAGGCGAGAUGGGCUUACCAAUCUGGUUUCUGUUUGGGGAGUAGAAGGCGUUGACCACUGCAGCCCCGAUGAUCCAGCUGUGGUGAAUAUACUGGUCACUUGGAGUCCACAUCUGCCAGGACCCUCCCUAUGGUCCCCUCUGCCCUGGCUGACCAGAUCCUGCCCUGAAGAGCCCCCAAAGCUGAGGAGGGGGAAGGCUUAGGUCUAGUGUCCUCUUGAGCUGGCAUCAGGCCAGACUCCUGUAGCCACCGCUAACCAGUAGGUAAGUUCUGCAUGCCAGGCUAGCCUCUUAGUCAUUCCACUCACAGGUUGUGGUCCACUUUUUCCCGAAGCUUCUUGAGGCUCCGCUGGGCACUGGCCUUGAGGUUCUGAAGCCCAUUCUCGAAAUACAGGUCCUCUGAGAAUAUCAGCUAUGAGGAGAACAGAGCUUGACAUGACUGGCACUCAGGCUGGGUCCCCAAGAGUGUUAGAAGGAGGGCUGAAGGUUGGGGAAGGUUCUCUAGACCCUCAGCUGGCAUGCGGCCCUCAGGCUCCUGGAGCAGCUAAAUGCCAAGUUUAGUUUCCCUGGGCCUCAGUUUGUCUGUCUGUCAGCAGAAUGAGAUUGGAGUCCCUCUAGGGUGUAGUGUGUCUAAGUGAGCAGCUGGAAGAACAGAGGAUGCCUGACAUGGAGAACCCCCUCUCCAGGGCUUCAGGGCAGGGGAGUGCCCAAGGGUACGCACAUUGGAGUAUUCCUCAUCCAGGUGCCUAUUGUUUUCUUCCAAGAUAUAGUCAGGGUAGCCGAUCUGUUCCCGGAUGUUCAUGGCCUGCACAGAGGAGGGGCAGCUAGGGUCAUCCACCGUGGGAGGUCCCUAGUCCUACAUGCUAGCUUUGUUCCCUGCUGUGUCAGUAAGGGGAUAACAGGCAUCUUCCCUCUAUCCGCUUGCAGAACCAGACACGUCGGUGGGGCUCUGUGUGGGUGCUCGGGAGUCCAGUGACGGUGGCUUGUCACCAGACCUAGAAGAGCCUGGGUAGAUCCUAGCCCUAGACCACGGAGCCUCCUGUUUCCUGGGGAUUUCCCGGGCACUUCCCUCCCUCCGAGGCUGUUUCUCCAGUGUGGGGUCCUGACCACGGGAACUUUCCCUCAGGUCUUCACACAGGUUGUAGCUCACCCACCUUUUCCUGGGCCUUCCUCUUAGAUUCCUCAUCCAUCCAGUUCAGCUCAUCCAGGGUAUCCACAAACACGGAUCUUACCUUGUCAAUCAAUUCUUUGACCUGGGGGAAUGCAUAUCCUCAUGUCCUGGGCUGGCUUAGGGGGCAUGACCAGAACUCCAGGCUUGGUCUCGCCUUUAGAAUGAGACCACUGCUGCUCUGUCCCUGACUUCCUAGAGGGGUGUGGCAUUGAUACGGGGUAACUAUUCUGUCUCAGAAUUGGAGCCUCACAGGUGGGUUGGAGGCUUGCUUGCCCAGGGCUCUGAACCCACACCUACAAUCUGUGCCUUUCCCAGGGACCUUACAGAGUCCAGGACUGGAGUUCAUGGUCACGAGCACCUGGGGGCAGGGUUUCUCUUGGCCUUCCUCUGCUCUGGUGGGCACUGGGAUGAACGCAAUGUCCCUCUGCCACACGUGGGAGUCACUGGGUAGGGUGGUGGUGAUGGGGGCCGGUGAGCUUGAGAGCUGCCACGGACAGCGCCCGUUUGAAGUCAAGGCUACACACCAUGUCCUUGCUGUCCUUGGAGAAGGCCUCCUUGAUGUAGAGGGAGCCCACGGCGCUCUCCAUGUUGCUGUUGACGUAGCUGACACACUCCCGCCAGCGCACCUCCUCCACGGUGGUGCCAUACAGCGCCUGGCAUGUUUAUUCAUUCAGUCACUCGCGCAUCCUAUCCCAUGCGCCAACGUUUAACUUUCCCAGGUCCUAUGUGGGUCCCUGAGCUUGUGAGGUGAAGCAGGCAGAUCCUCCCACCACAGACUCCAGGGUACCCAGAGGGGAGACACAGGAUGACUCAGACCGGAUGCUGGCCAUGGACAUGAGAAGACCACUACUCUGGAAAAGCUAGGGUCCCACACAGACCCUUUCCUCACCCCCUGGACCUGGUGGUUUGCCUGGACGCUACACAAAGCUUCUUCUCAUCUCUUCGUGUCUUGAGAGUUAAACUGACCUCUAAUGAGCAGCUCCCUACCCUGCCUGGUCCCUCCCUCUGGUCACACUUGGUUUUCCACAGCCCCGUCUUCUGCUUUGUUGGCUUCUGUUGGUGGUUCCAAGAGGGCAGGGGCCUUUUCUCAGACCCCAGUGGUGACAGUGCAUGCACGGCUCACGGCUUAAGCUCAGCAUCAUGAGGUGCGCGAAGGACACACUCACCUUGCGGUAGCUCACUCUCGCUUCUUUGAAUCUCUGGCUCAGGCUGCUGAUGCGAUCCAGCACCAGGCGCCAGAUCAAAUAGUUCUGCAUGGUCCUAGAAGAAGCAGAGGUGUAACGGGACAGGUGAGCGGCUUUCAGCCAAGGGAGGAGACACAGGUUAGCCAGCAGGUGCUACACCAAGCAGAGUUCAAGAUUCUCUUAAGAACUGGCUUGUUUAUCCCUCAUGCUUGAUAGGAUUCCUGUCACCAGGGUGAGGCACCAUGGGCACCAGAAUCGAACCUCUGUGUCCCUCACACCUGAGAAGUUCUUGGUGGUAUCCUCUCCCAAAAGCAGGAACUGUGUGUGUGUGUGUGUGUGUGUGUGUGUGUGUGUUGUGGGGCAGGGACAAGGUUCCCCUUCCCGGCCUCACCGUGCUGAGUAGAUGUCAAUGAUAGACUCAAGGUUCUGCAGGUAGGGGAUGCCAUAGACCACCACCUCCUCAUCUGGUAACAGGUCAAUUUGGACAGAGGACAGCACACUUUGUAUGAAGAGGGUCCAGUUAAACCCCUGUAGAGAGAGAGUGGCAGGAAGAGAGAGGUGAGGGGAAAGAAGGGAGGGUGGACCUCUGUGCAUCUAAGAAACUCAGCUUCCACUGAAGAACAUUGGAGAAACAGGUGAGAAAGGGCUGUUAAGAAUCAAGACAAAGAGUGACAUCUCCCCAGAGCCUGUGGGCUAUGAGAUUGCUAAGAAUGUAUGCAGAAUAUUUGAAAAUGAAGUGUAGUUGGGGAAAUUACUGGGCAAACACAAUUUAGCAAAAACGAUCAAAGUAGAAAAUACGAUAGUCUUAUAUAUUACAUAAGUUGGGUAGUCAUCUAUUUUGUGUACAACUUUUUUUGCUAUUUAUGAGAAAAUUAACAUAAGCCUCAUGCAUGCAAGGGCUGUGCGCUACCAUUAAACUCUCCUAGCCCAUU